AUGCUGUCCCGUUUCUGGCUCCUCUCUCAGCACCUGGGCCCGUCCCUGGGGACGCCGACACGACGUGGCCUCGCCCUGCCGCGGUGUUGGGACGCCCGGUGUCCCCUGCCCCCGCCCGCUGGACGCCGGCUGGCCGCGACGGCCCCCCAGGCCCCCGACGGCCCCGCCCGGGUGAGACAGAACCUGCACCCGGACUCCGAGGCCGCCGUGAACCUGCAGAUCAACCUGGAGCUGCACGCGUCCUACGUGUACCUGUCCAUGGCCUUCUACUUCUCCCGCGACGACGUGGCGCUGCCUAACUUCGCGCGCUUCUUCCUGCGCCAGUCCCGGGAGGAGCGCGCGCACGCCGAGCGGCUCAUGGGGCUGCAGAACGCGCGCGGGGGCCGCAUCCUGCUGGGCGACAUCAAGAAGCCCCAGCAGGACGACUGGCAGAGCGGGCUGCACGCCAUGGAGUGCGCCCUGCGCCUGGAGAAGGACGUGAACCAGUCCCUGCUGGAGCUGCACGCCCUGGCCUCAGAAAAGGGGGACCCCCAUCUGUGCGACUUUCUGGAAACCCACUACUUGCACGAGCAGGUGAAGUCCAUCAAAGAACUAGGUGACCACGUCCACAACCUGGUGAGCAUGGGGGCCCCGAAGGCGGCCCUGGCCGAGUACCUCUUUGACAAGCACAGCCUUGGCACUGAGAACCAGCCCAUCUAA